UCUCUUCAAAAAGAUCAUCUCGCAUUAUAAUGAAUUUUAAAUACUAUUUAAUUUUCAUUUUAACCACUCUAACGUGUGCUAACUGUGAAUUGUGUGACACAGGUGAUAUAUAUUUGAAUUUUUUUGUUCAAAUUGAAAGUGUUAAAAAAUCGAUUGAUGUAUUGAAACUGCGUGUAGAUGUUCUAAAUGAAAAUAAUCCUAACUGCAAUUGCGCUAGUAUAGACAGCAAAAUUUCCCAGGUUUUUGAAAAUUUCGGUGUGGCCCAAAAAUCGUUAGAUUAUUUAACUACUCGUUUAGAUGCAAUUUCAGCUAAUGACAAAACUUCACAUUAUGGGAAAGCGAAUAACAAUGAUAAUUUGGAAAUUCCACAGAAAAUUUUAGCUCCAGAAAUAACUGAAAUAGAAGAAAAGUAUUCAACCAUAAUGGAUGAGUUAAAUACGGUAAAGAAAUCGGUAGAAAUUCUUAAGCAAAAAAAUACUGUUUUGGAAUCAAAGAACUUGGAAAUUUGGAAAAAUUAUGAAAGCAACAAAAAAUCCAAUAAUGAACUGAAACUAGAAAUGGAAGCCUUAAAAAGGCAAAUGUCGAAAAUUCUAGCUAAAGCGGAAGCAACCGAAGAUUAUGAAAAUAAGCCAUUAUUCGAUGUACGUGUUGAUAAGCUGCCAGAAUUUAGGAAGCACUGUACCCAAGACCCUGCUCCGGUUGAUUGUAAAGCAGCUACUAAGUGCUCACGAAAGAGUGGUUAUUACAAAAUAUUUCUACCGGACAGUAGAGCAAAGCAAAUAAUGGUCUUUUGUGACAUUGAGUCACAUGGCGGUGAUUGGUUGCACAUUUUACGGCGCCAUGAUGGUUCGGAAAAUUUUACGCGUUCUUGGUCAGAUUACGUGAAUGGUUUUGGUAAUGUAGAGGGAGAGCACUGGAUUGGAUUGGAAAAUUUACAUGCUCUUACCAACUACAAUGGCCGCCAGCAAUUAUACCUGUAUAUAGAGGGUUUUGAUGGACAGUCUAGUUUUGCAGUUUACGACAAUUUUGUGAUAGGAAGUGCCAGGGAAUUGUAUGAACUGAAAUCUUUAGGCCAAUAUUAUGGAAUGGGUCAGGAUGAUAUGACAUAUAAUGUAGGCUCGAACUUUAGUACAGUUGACAAGGACAAUGAUAAAUGGUCAAAGGGUAAUUGUGCUGAUAAAUAUAAAGGCGGUUGGUGGUAUAACUUUUGUUCACAUCUGUAUCCUACUGGUAAAUAUGGUGAAAGUUUUGGGUGGCCAACUCCAGAUGGAAUAUCACAUCCAGCUAAAGUCAUGUAUUUGAUGAUAAGAUACUAUUCUUCAACUCGAACAUACUAAAAUAAGCAAAUGUUAUAUAUUUAAGCAUUAAUGUAUUGAUUAAAUAAAAUAACUAUUUACAGAA